AUGACCCUUGAUUGCUUCAAAGACUCCGUUCUGCCUGCCUGGCACGCUCUCAUGAGCAAAGCCUCCACGUCCUUCCUGGGCAUCCUGGUGCUCGCCAUAUUCGGCGUCCUGUUUUCAUUCAUCUCGCUUCCGAGGCUGAGCUGGGAGUUCAACGAGGUGCCUGGGCCAGACAUGUUCAGCAACGGCAACACUGGCAUUCUCGUUGACUUGAAGCAGGCGCUCUACAUCGUGCAAAGGAUGACCCUUAUGGGGGACUUCGACGAGGAUGUCAUCGAGGGCAGAGGGAGGAGCAUCUUCUUCACCUUUAACAGGACCGCCAAGUCAUUCCACACCGGAAGCAUGCCGAAGACGGCGGCGACCGAGACUGCGAUGACGAACGAAUUGCCUUUCUUCUGCCUUGCCAUGGCCCUGGGGUUCGGGGUGCUGAUGAACCUUUACAUCGGCAUCCUCAGUAACGAGUACAACAAGGCGAUCUCCGACUUGAAACGGCUGACUGGCAGGCACCGGAUCAUCGUCAGCUUCCCACACCUCCUCAACAUGUACGGCCGCAGUCAGCUGGGUCUGACCGGACCAGACGUGUUUCUCCAGGCACGUGCAGGUCUUCCAAACAUUGGGUGUCUGCAGGAGGAUUCUUCUGUGGACAGCGGGUUCUGGUUCGCCCUCCCUGCGAAGAACCAGAAGACGAAGAGAACCGCGUUUUUGACAGCCCGAACGGGAGCGGACACGUGCGACUUGGGCCAAGCGGGGGAGGCCGCGCACGACAAGGUCGCGGUGUCUGGCUGGAAGACCACUGGUUGA